AUGGAUACUGACCUUGCAGGAUCGAAGCUUAGAAGCGGUUGUGGGGACUCGAGCGAAGCUGAGCCCUCCGAACAUCAAAGAGCACUACAUCAGGAGCAUCAUUCCAACAACAGCGAAGUCAUUUCAGAUAUCAUCAUUGGGAUUGCUGAUGGUCUUACUGUUCCUUUCGUCCUCACUGCUGGACUGUCCUCCAUUGGAUCUCUCAAUCUUGUCAUCCUUGGCGGCCUUGCUGAGAUCUUCGCAGGAGCAAUUUCAAUGGGUUUAGGUGCCUUCCUGGCCGCAGUCACGGAAGACAAGCACUAUCGCAUCGAAGAAGCUCGAGAGUGGAGAAAAGUCACCAUGUCUCCCCAGGCUGAGGAGAGGGAGAUAAAUGAGGUGAUAGUCGACUAUGGGAUGGAUUGCGAAUGCGUUCGGCCAAUCUUUGAGAGUCCGAUGUCCAAAAAGGACAUACGUUGGAUCUCAGCCCUAAGUAUGGGACUCUCUUACCUCCUUGGGGGACCCGUUCCCAUGAUCCCGUACUUCGUAUACAAAGACGUCAAUCACGCACUAUUCACAUCGAUCGGGGUCACCAUUCUGAUUCUUAUAAGGUUCGGGUUUCUCAAGGCUGUUGUAAUUGGUUGUGCUAGAAGAGAUGCUGUCAUCCGUUCGUUGCAGACAUUGCUCAUAGGAGUUCUGGCGGCGGCGACUAAUUAUGGGAUAGUAAGGGGAUUCAACCAGAUUCGGCCAGUACACUUGUAA